GGUUGAGAAGGGCCGGCCACCGCCAGAGUGGGGUUGCGGUCUUCCCAGAGCGGUAGACCCUGCCCUGAAUCCCGCGCUGGGACGUCUCGCCUCUCUCGUGAUACCUGUUGCACCUGACAGCGCCCGGCCAUCGCGCGUGGUCCUGUCCCCGUGCUCCUUCCGGACCUCGGGCGGCAUCGUCUUCCCUGGCCUCGGCCGUCCCGCCACAGGUAGGAUUUGCUCCUGGAGGACGGUCUCCUCAGAGCCCUCAGAAGGGGCACAGGACACUUCUACCUCCUGUUUUGGUUUGUAAAGGGGCUUAACAUUGAGUGAAAUGUACCCUGCUUCUUCAGGACCAGAGGACCUAGCACUCCAGAAUACAGCUUUUGGCAGGGUUGACCCUAGACCUUGAGCAUCUGUGGCAGAAAUUAGUCUUCAGUACAUCCCGGACCUCCUGUGUUAACUGGCUUCUCUUCUGCCUUUUCAGCUCCCCACCACCACCCUUCAUAAAGCAAUUAAUAUUAAGGCAACUCUGGUAGCUCUCCUGGUCUGGUCUCUUCAAGAAAAGAAGAGUGGAAGAAAAAUUAGAAUAAGUCAUGUCGGAGAUCCUUGACCUUUCUUUUCUGUCUGACGUGGAAAGGGAUUUGAUCCUUAGUGUUCUACACAGAGAUGAGGAGCUCCAGAAAGCAGAUGAGAAAAGGAUUAGGCGAUUGAAGAAUGAGUUACUGGAGAUAAAAAGGAAAGGAGCCAAGAGGGGCAGCCAACACUAUAGUGAUUGGACCUGUGCCCGGUGCCAGGAGAACAUGGGCCGUUUGACUCCUAAGACCAACACUUGUCGGGGUUGUAAUCACCUGGUGUGCUGGGACUGCCGUAUCCAGGAAAGCAAUGGUACCUGGAGGUGCAAGGUGUGCGCCAAGGAGAUAGAGCUGAAGAAGGCAACUGGAGACUGGUUUUAUGACCAGAAAGUGAAUCGUUUCGCUUACCGCACAGGCAGUGAGAUAAUCAGGAUGUCCCUGCGCCGGAAACCUGCAGGUGUUGUGUUUCCACUUCCCUCCUCAUCACCACCACUCUGCCAUGCUUUUGUUUGUCUUGAAGUGAAUAAAAGAGAGACAGUGGGACAGUCUCUCCUUCAUCAGUCACAGAUGGGUGAUGUCUGGCCAGGAAGAAAGAUCAUUCAGGAACAACAGAAGGUGUCCAGUGUGCCAUUGGAAGUGCCCAAGCUGAAAAAUGGCAAGAAUGCACUGGAGGCUGAGCGUGAGAGUCUGGAUAGCUACACAGCUGACUCGGAUAGCACGUCCAGGAGAGACUCUCUGGAUAAAUCUGGCCUCUUUCCAGAAUGGAAGAAGAUGUCUGCCCCAAAAUCUGAAGUGAUAAAGGAAACUCAGUCUGGGGGUCAAAAUGUGGUAUCUAUUGAUGAGGGUGAAAUGAUAUUCAAGAAGAACACCAGAAAAUUCCUCAGGCCUUCAGAAUACACUAAAUCUGUGAUUGAUCUUCGCCCGGAAGAUGUGGGGCAUGAAAGUGGCUCCUUAGGAGACAGAAGCAAAUCUGUCCCAGGCCUCAGUGUGGAUAUGGAAGAGGAAGAGGAGGAGGAGGAAGAAGACAUUGACCACCUGGUGAAGUUGCAUCGCCAAAAGCUAGCCAGAAGCAGCUUGCGAAGUGGCUCCUCCAUGAGUACAAUUGGCAGCAUGAUGAGCAUCUAUAGCGAAGCUGGUGAUUUUGGGAACAUCUUUGUGACUGGCAAGAUUGCUUUUUCCCUGAAGUAUGAGCAGCAGACACAGACUCUGGUCAUCCAUGUGAAGGAGUGCCACCAGCUGGCCUAUGCUGAUGAAGCCAAGAAGCGCUCUAAUCCAUAUGUGAAGACUUAUCUUCUACCUGACAAGUCCCGGCAAGGAAAAAGAAAAACCAGCAUCAAGCGGGACACCAUCAAUCCACUAUAUGAUGAGAUCUUCAGAUAUGAGAUCCCAGAAUCUCUCCUGGACCAGAGGACAUUGCAGUUCUCGGUUUGGCAUCAUGGUCGUUUUGGCAGGAACACUUUCCUUGGAGAGGCAGAGGUCCAGAUGGAUUCCUGGAAGCUUGAUAAGAAACUGGAUCAUUGCCUUCCUUUGCAUGGAAAGAUCAGUGCUGAGUCCCCGACUGGCUUGCUAUCACACAAAGGCGAGUUGGUGGUUUCAUUGAAAUACAUCCCAGCCUCCAAACUCCCUGUUGGAGGUGACCGGAAAAAGAGUAAAGGUGGGGAAGGGGGAGAGCUCCAGGUGUGGAUCAAAGAAGCCAAGAACCUGACGGCUGCCAAAUCAGGAGGGACCUCAGACAGCUUUGUCAAGGGAUACCUCCUUCCCAUGAGGAACAAGGCCAGUAAGCGUAAAACUCCUGUGAUGAAGAAGACCCUGAAUCCCCACUACAACCAUACAUUUGUCUACAAUGGAGUGAGGCUGGAAGAUCUACAACACAUGUGCCUGGAACUGACUGUGUGGGACCGGGAGCCCCUGGCCAGCAAUGACUUCCUGGGAGGGGUCAGGCUGGGGGUUGGCACUGGAAUCAGUAAUGGGGAAGUGGUGGACUGGAUGGACUCGACCGGGGAAGAAGUGAGCCUGUGGCAGAAGAUGCGUCAGUACCCGGGCUCUUGGGCGGAAGGGAGUCUCCAGCUCCGUUCCUCGAUGGCCAAGCAGAAGCUGGGCUUAUGAGUGCCUGCCCUUCUCUGUGGGCCGAGCCCUGGCCAGGGAGAAUCAGAGGAAGCGAAGAAACCAAGAGCAAAGAUUUCUAAUUUAAUGUGUGUGUGUUAUGUAUGUGUGUGUACAAGCAUGUCUUUUUACAAAUCUCAUUGUGCUAGAGUGUGUGCAGACUUGUUCCCCUUUCGAAAGUGGGCGCAAGAAUUAGGGUCUCUUUAAAAUGUUUUUAUUUGUGCAUAAUCUAAGUAUACUUUCAGAGUCCAUUGUUUCUUAUAUCUUUCUGAGGUUUAAUUAACUUAUAAAAUCUUUUUAAACAAUGUUUUAUCUCCCAUCGUACUAUCGUUGUUCCUACUCCCCCCCGGAAGCCCUGGCAACCUCUGGCAUUAGUACCAAUCUGUGUUUCAAGGUGUUCUUGGUCUGAGCCAAAGGCUCUGGGAAGCAGGGUUGGGUUACUAAAGAGGAGAAGAGGAGAGAGAGGUGAGUAGGCCCUCCCCUUCUUCUCUGAUGUAUGCUUUUAGCUCAUUUUCUGCCUUGAUACAUUUCUAGAACUUUGCUUUUAACUUCUUUUGUUUUUAAGCAGCUUCCAUCUUGCUUGGGUGUAGUGGUUUUCUCUGAAAUGUUAAGACAAUGCUUCAGUUUCUUCUGGUUCUACACAUCUUCAAUAGACCUUAUAAUGGAGCUGCUUUAGCAAAGCACUUUAAUUAAAUCAUGGCCUUUCGAUGGAGUCAUGGACAAGCCCAGCAAGUGCUUCUUGGUGAUCCCACAGGACCAGAGUGACUGAGGGUGAAGUGUCUUCCAGUCCGUUUUGAAUUCUUUGCAUUUAAACUGAUACAGUAGUUGUUGGAGAGCUCCUCAUUUCUCUAAUGAAAGGCAAGACAUCUUCACUCUCAUCAGGUACCACAUCUUUCUUAGCGUUUGUGUCCGCGCUAUGUUACCACAUAGACUAUGGUCUGCAUACCAUGAUGCCAGCCAGACUAGCCAAGUACUGUCUAAACUGGGCCAGUGUUUCUCCAGGUUGGGUACUGUUAGUGCUGUAAGAGAGUGUGUUCGGAGAAUCUCCCAGUUACUUUGACUUCCUUCUUGAAGUGAGUUCAGUUCUUAUUUUUUCUAUUGUUUCCUAAACUUGACCUAGAUAUAACAUGGGUGUGGUGUGUUGAGACCUUUCUAAGAAGGGUCUGGUGAUCUAAGGUUCAUUUUCUGAAACUCACUGUACCAAACUGACCCUUUUAUUCUUCCAAGUCUAUCUACACAAAGUCGUUUGUGAAAGGAGUCUCUGUGGGAGAAAUCCCUUUCAGUCUGUUUGGCUCCUAGCUGACUCUCCUAGGAGGCCACUGGAUUGAGGGCGGCUGGAUGGUUUCUAUUGUAUGUGUGAAUUGAAUGGAAGAGUGUUGUUGUUUUUUUAAGAGUGUUUUUAAAAGGUUUAUUUGGUGUGGAUGGAUAUUGUAAUGGAAGGCAUAACUUGGGAUCCUGGGCUGUAACUUGAUCCUUUGUUCUCCACCCCCUGAAAUCUGUGUGUUCUUCAAUAAAGUGUUU